UCCCGUGCUGGCAGCUGCGGCGGGUCGCACGGCUCCGGCCUUCCUCGGGGGGCGGGCGGGGGAGGCGCGGCGCGCGAGCGGGUGCGGAGCACGAUGUCCGACACGGGCGGCGGGAAGAAGCCGCCUGUGGAGCCGCAGGCGGGGCCGGGCCCGGGGCCGGGGCGCGCAGCCGGGGACAGGGGCCUGCCGGGCUCCUUCCCGCUGGUGCUGAGGAAGCUGAUGGAGAACCCCCCGCGCGAGGCGCGCCUCGAUAAGGAGAAGGGGAAGGAAAAGCUGGAGGAAGACGAGGCCGCGGCAGCCAGCACCAUGGCCGUCUCAGCCUCCCUCAUGCCGCCCAUCUGGGACAAGACCAUCCCGUAUGACGGCGAGUCCUUCCAUCUGGAGUACAUGGACCUGGACGAGUUCCUGCUGGAGAACGGCAUCCCCGCCAGCCCCACCCACCUGGCCCAGAACCUGCUGCUGCCGGUGGCGGAGCUGGAAGGAAAGGAAUCGGCCAGCUCUUCCGCUGCGUCCCCGCCAUCCUCUUCCAGCGCCAUCUUUCAGCCCUCGGAAACCGUGUCCAGCACAGAAUCCUCCCUGGAAAAGGAGAGGGAGACACCCAGUCCCAUCGACCCCAGCUGUGUGGAGGUGGACGUGAACUUCAACCCUGACCCUGCCGACCUGGUCCUUUCCAGUGUGCCCGGCGGCGAGCUCUUCAACCCUCGGAAGCACAAGUUUGCAGAGGAGGACCUGAAGCCCCAGCCCAUGAUCAAGAAGGCCAAGAAGGUCUUCGUGCCUGACGAGCAGAAGGAUGAGAAGUACUGGACAAGACGCAAGAAGAACAACGUGGCUGCCAAGCGGUCCCGGGACGCACGGCGCCUGAAGGAGAACCAGAUCACCAUCCGGGCAGCCUUUCUGGAGAAGGAGAACACGGCCCUGCGGACGGAGGUGGCCGAGCUGCGCAAGGAGGUGGGCAAGUGCAAGACCAUCGUGUCCAAGUAUGAGACCAAGUACGGGCCCUUGUAACUCAUGGCCUCGCCCAGGCCGCGCUGCCUGCACCCCAGCCUCUGCCUGAGGGCUCCCUGAAACCCCACCAUGUGGAGACUGAGGACUCCUCGCCGGCCAGUGGCGGCGCACCUGCUCCAGGAGUGGUCAUGUUCAAGCUUCAUUAUCAUGUGGCCAGCGCACGUGGCAACUUCCCCAGGGAACCAGCCUUCUCACCGGGGAGGCCGCGAGGGAAUCGACGUAGACGGGUGCGUCAGCCUUAGUUUCUGUUCUGGAAUGUCCCAAUUGGAUCAGAAGGGGACCUUGGAGCACAGCUCUCCUUUCCCAGGGCGCUCAGCCGUCCUGACUCCCUCAGUCUCCGCAGAAUGAGUCCAUCGCUGUCGCGUCUUCUCAGGUAGCAGGGUGUUUCCAGGUGGACUGUCUGUGGUCCACCUCACCCCAGAAAGUUUGAGAGAAGCAUCCGUUUCCAUCUCCCUCAGCGGUAGAAAGACACCUGCUCCUCCAUAGUGUCUGCAUGGGUGCCAGGCCGCCCGAGCGGGUUUGGGUCUACAGCCUGGGAUGGGGUUGGGUCUGGAGCCGGCAGCAGAAGUGGCUCCCACACCCCUUUGCUUUGUGGCUCCGAGGCCUGGCUGGAGGAGGCGCUGGCUGGAGGUUGUCUCUGUUCGUCUGCUGAGAAGGAGACUCCCAGGACGGCCAGACUGCGCCCUGAUCACAGAGCUGGGAGGGGCUUUGCAUCUCCUCUCCGGUCACUUGUGGAUACCGCCCGAAUCUCGUCCGUCCUUCUAGACCGGGCCUCUGGCCUGUUUCUCUUCACCCAGUGAUCAAUCUCACAUCUUGGAUUUAAAAGGAAAACCCCCUCCUCUACGAAGCUUCAUUUCCUGGAGGCAGGCUGCACCUGCAUGGUGUUCAGAAAACCAGCCUCCGCAGCCCCUUGCACUGCGGGCAGGGAGCUGGGCCCUGUGUCUCCAUUUUGUCUUGCUCUGCUCUCCGGUGUGGGCCAGGCCAGAGGAAAGCAGAAGAGGGCUUCCCAGUUCUUGAUUCAAGAUCCCUCCCCUGUGCGAGCUGCCCAGAGCCACCCGCUGGGCAGGACAGCCAGCCAGGGUCACAGCACAACUCACGGGACAGCCGGUUCUCCGGACGCUGAUCCACCGUCCCCUCAGGCUGGGUCCUGACGGUGUGGGCCCCACACCAGCCUGGCCGUACACUGGAGGGUCCGUGCAGCUGUGGCUUCACUGCCUCACAGCUGUUUUCUCUUGUGUCUGGCUGGACCGCCGUCCUGCCCCGGGAGGCGCGGUGAGGAAAUCCGGAAUGCUCUGUUCAUUGUGGCCAGGCAGCCUGUGGUUCAGAGGGGUCAGAGGUGAUGGGUACACUUUGUCACGUUUACCACUGGCUUUGUUUAAAGUGGUAGCUCCAGGACCCGGGCUCUGACCCCUAAAGACUUUAUGACGUGUUAGGAUCUGGGGACACCAUCCACUGGCCGCGGACUGCGCCCAGGGGACCGCCAUGGUCCUCCGGGACCUGCAGACCCGCCUCUCCUGGGGACUUGACCAGGUGCCUGCGGCCAGGGGAGGUCCCGGACUCCCUCCAGGCCCCUGUCAUUGGUGGUUCUAUAAAAACCAUGUUCACACUUUCCACUCUAUUGUAACCACAACAGGGCAGUUGCAUCCAGCAUGUCAGUGUCCUGCCCUGGGCAGCUCGCCCGCCCGGGCACUCUCCCUCUGGUCUGGCGACCCACCAAGAGGGCAGUUCUCAUUUUGUUGUAAGUAGGAGAGCUUCCAGUGUAAAAGCUCUUCGUUUUCUUUGGCCAGAAAGUGUAUGGUUUGUGUUUUUAUUUUUCUAAAGAAUGGAGACUUAAUCUCUGAAUGGUGUCCGUGUUCUGACCCCAUGGGUGGGAUAAUGGCCUGGCCUCUCCUCUUGGUCCCGUCUCCUGCCUGUUCAGCCCUCCCCUCCUUCCCCCAGGCAGCGGGCGGUGGUUCCUUCCGAAGUGCUUACUUGGAAAGAAUGUGGCUGCUGGCCUCUUCAGGAGAGCCCUCUGAGCCGGGCCUGGGAGAUGUCCAGGAGGGUGGACACCUUGGGGAAAGGGGUGCUCAGGGAAGCGCGUCUCCUUCCCAGGCCCAAGGUCGAGUCCUUUCAGGAGAGGGUUGGUGCCUGCUUGUCUUCAUCAUGGAAUCAGGCGUCUCCUUGCCUCCCUCCUGGCCCCUCUCCGUCGUGGGGCUGAGGCCAAAGACUGAGGCUCCUUUGCUCAGACCUUGGACAUCUGAAAAGCACCGAGGCCAGGGGAGCCAGUGUGAUGGCUCUCCACGGGGGUGCCGGGCUGGGAGGCACCGCCCUUCCUCGGCGCCCUGUCUUUCCUGGCAGCUUUGUUGCAACCUCAGAACAGACAAAUCAUGAAUGAGCUAGAAUGUUGCAAGAAUGUAAUAAAUGUAUAUCUAGAUAGAGAAAUAUGUCUACUGAGAGGACUUCCACCACGGCUGCUGCCGUGUGGGAGGGCCUGGGUAACCAUUACCGUGGCCAAAGGCAGGUGUGCCUGCCUGGGUCCCGAGCUGGGAGAAGGCCCUCGGCAGUGAACUUGGUGAGUGUCAGCCUGCUGGGCGGCCGCAGUCCACCCCGAGGCGGGGUGCAGGCCUGGGGGCCAGCCGAGGGAGCCCCUCUGUACUGGGCAGCUCCCUGCCGGGCCCGGAGCUCAUGGAACACUGAGGGCCAGGGGCUCCUUUAACAUCUGUUAAUUAAGUGCAAUAAAUUUUUCUAGAAAACGGCGAAGAUGA